GUUAUGCCCUGAUAGAGAGGCCAAAUAGAAUUUCAGAGCAGCAACAUCAGAGCGGGUACAGCAAGGCAGAUUACUAUAUCUGAAAUAGGAUCUUUUUCUUUUUCUCUUUCUUCCUUUUUUCACCGAGUACCCAGGCACAGCAGAGCUUUUCUAUAAACCCUCGGCUCCAUUACAUGGCUUUCCGUACCCAAAACAUGCAUAACCCCCUUGAAAAUAUAUCAUGGUGUGUUCUUUCCCUCCCCACAGACUUUCUAGGGGAUUUAGAGCAAUGAACACAAGAUGGCUGAUGCAAUGUGCUCAUCCACUGCGCUACAGGUUUUGAAAUCCUGGCACUUGCGUGGCCCUAGAGGUUACUCUCGCAUUGUAUACUUUAUGAGAGCUUUAGUCACGGUGACUUCUCAUUCACUCCUGCACUUACUGCUGGGGGCAGUCGGGUUCAGUUCAGGAAGGGUUUCUAGAGAAGCACACUAUAACCAGUGCUGCCAGUCCUAUUUUUGGCUCUACUAACAAUGCAUUAUGCAGAACUGAGGGUGUCAAGAUGGACAUGAUGACCUGGUUGAAUUCAUUAUUUUGACAUAUUUGACACAUUUUUAAUUUGAAAUUAUUUACAUCCUUCAUACACAAGAUAUGAUGAAGCUUUAAUUCUGCUUUAAUGCGUUGAUGCUGUUGAAUUUGGCCUUGAAUACGAUUCCCAAACAACUUUUCUUAUCGCAGAAAUACAUACCGCACGGGUAGCAAUAGUCACUGAUAGGAGAUAAAAUAAAUAUAUAUUUAAAAAAAAAAAAAUUGAAUUGCUCAGAAGAACUCAAUGUAGAUGAUUCCUCCUGAACAUACCAGUAACCUACAUAUAUGAGCGAUUCUGUGGUCUGUGAUUGAUGACAUCACAGCGAGGGGAAUCGCAUGCAAACGGAGUUGAGGAGCAGUACUCCUGCCUCUCUUGUCAGGGGAGUCGGUGCCGCGCAGCAGCCGGUUAGGUGUGUGCGGUCGACUCCGCUUACCUCGUGACAGAAUUAAGUUUAUCUGAUCGGACAUCGGAAGAACUAUGUUAAUCGUCGCAUUGCUUGUAGUGGAUAUAUCCCCAAAUACACUUUUUUCUUCAUAGGCACAUUUUUCCCGCAUGCACCUGAGCGUUUAUUAACCUUCUGGUCUCUGGUGGACUGCUCUUUCGUUGAAAUGGUUUGAUGAUGUGAGUGUCAUGAUGGGGGAAUACUUGUCCAUCAUACUGGUGAUGCAGAUCCUCUGGAGCUGUGUGGGGACUCAAGAACAGCAGACCUUUUCACCCCUGCAGUUCACACAGGCACUUUACAAUGUCACCAUAUAUGAAAACUCUGCCGCAAAGACUUAUGCUGAAGCCCCCCCAAAAAUGGGUGUGCAUCUGAGAGACCGGUCCUGGGACAUCCGAUAUAAAAUAGAAUCCGGAGACAAUGACAGCAUGUUUAAAGUGGAUGAGUUUCUGCUGGGGGACUUCAGCUUCUUGCGCAUACGGACUAAAGGAGGCGGCUCGUCCACUCUGAACCGGGAGAUCAAGGACCAGUACGAGCUCAUAGUGAUAGCACAAGAGAGGCUCAGUCGUGCCGAGGCUCAAACGCGGGUAGUCGUGCAUGUCCUCGACACCAAUGAUCUCAGACCCCUCUUCUCGCCAACCUCUUACCGUAUCUCCAUCCCCGAGAACACAGCCCUGAGGACAAGCGUCAGCAGGGUGGUAGCGACAGACGCCGAUGUUGGCACAAACGGGCAGCACUACUUCAGCUUCAAGCAGUGGACAGACGUGUUUGCCGUCCACCCCGCCAGCGGCGUCAUCACUCUGACGGGCAAACUGGAUUACGCCGAGACCAAGCUGUACGAGAUGGACGUCUUGGCAGAGGACCGGGGCCUGAAGCUCUACGGUAGCAGCAGUGGUGUCGGCGGCAGCAGUGUGGCAAAGUUGACAGUCCAAGUGCUGCCCGCCAACGAACAGGCACCUGUUAUCACAGCUGUCCCCGUAACUCCAUGGACCACGACCAAAGACCCCACGUAUGCCAUUGUGAGCGUGUGCGACAGCGACCCGGGGCUGAAUGGCGAGAUAGCAUCGCUGAGCAUCGUGGCGGGGGAUCCGCUCCAGCAGUUUAAAGUAGUCAGGCAGGGCCCAGGCGGCAAUGAGUACAAGAUCAAAGCCCAGAGAGACGUGGAGUGGGCAGGCCACCCGUUUGGGUUCAAUCUGACUCUGCAGGCACAGGACAGAGGAACCCCGCCAAGGUUCUCCUCCGCCAAAGUGGUGAGGGUGCAGCCCCCUCAGCAUUCCAUAGACCCCCCUGAGUUUGAGAGACCGCUCUACACAGUCAGACUGAGUGAGUUUGCCCCUCCCCAUACCUCCGUGAUUAUGGUGAGAGCUCAGCCUAAAAGCCCUCUAAUGAGGUAUUUACUAAAGCCCAGAACUCACCAGCCACUGGGUCCCUUUGCCAUCAAUGCAAACACAGGAUUCAUAACGACUACUCAGACAGUUCGAGCUGAUCUAGUCAGUAAAUAUGAAUUCGAAGUAAUUACCAGUGACAGACAAGCUGCCACCAAGGUGGUUGUUGAGCUGAUUGAUGAAAACAACAACACUCCAAAAUUCACUCAGCCAGUGUACACUGUUGGUGUUGAUGAAAACGUUCCACUCGGGACCAGCAUACUCACAGUGAGCGCAACGGACCCCGAUGAAGGUGAAAAUGGCUACGUGACCUACACCAUUGCCAAUGUGACCCCACAGCCUUUCCACAUAGACUAUUUCACCGGUGUAAUCACCACGGCCGAGGACUUGGACUAUGAACUCAUGCGGCGCGCCUUCAGCCUCAGAGUGAGAGCGUCUGACUGGGGCUCUCCCUUCCGUCGAGAGGCCGAGACGACCGUUUCAAUUACACUGAACAACUUGAACGACAAUGCGCCUUUGUUCGAGAACAUUGACUGUCAGCUCACCGUGCCAAGAUCCUUCGGCAUUGACGAGAUGAUAGCCAUCAUUUCUGCGAUCGACAUGGAUGACUCGGGUGUAGUGCAGUAUGAAAUUAAAGCUGGAAACACUAUGGGGAUUUUUGGCCUCAACCCAGAGUCUGGCAUACUGUCACUUAAAAAGCCAUUAGACUCUGGCCAGGCUGUGAAAAUGACUUCGCACACUUUGGAAAUAGCUGCGAAUGAUGGCGAGAACUCCAGCCCACCCCUCUUCAUGAACAUAACAGUUGUGACAGGUGUGCACCAGGUUCGCUCGAAAUGUGUCGACACCGGCAUCGCCAGAAACCUGGCAGGACAGCUGCUUCUCAGAAGCACAAACCACCGGGGAGAACCCGCGGAAUUGUAUACAGAUGUUCACCUGGUUAAUCAACAUCCUCCUUCGCUAAUAGAGCCUACUCGUUUGCUCGAGGUUAAGGAGGAUGUGCCAGUUGGAACAGAGAUUCUCCAGGUCAGAGCGACAGAUGCAGACAGUGGUUUCAAUGGGAAACUGUUUUUUGUCAUUUCUGGAGGAAAUCUUCAGAGUUGUUUCUCCAUUGACAAGGACACAGGCAAGCUUGUUAUCAAUGAACCUCUCGACAGAGAAACCACAGAUCAACAUGCUCUAAACAUCACUGUUUAUGAUUUGGGAUCACCUCAAAGGUCUGUGUCACAUAUUCUUCAAAUAAAAGUGCUAGAUGCUAACGAUAAUAGCCCUCAGUUUCAGCAACAUGAAUACUCCAUUGAAAUAAGCGAAGACACAGCCAUAGGGACAGACAUCAUUCAACUACAAGCAACAGAUCAAGACUUGGGAGCGAGUGGGGAGGUCAGAUACAGUUUUCUGUCAAAGACUGACCAAUUCCACAUUGAUGAACAGACGGGCAUCGUAACAGUAAAAAGCCUGUUGGAUAGAGAAUCCCACGCAUCCUUUGCUCUCAAGGUUGCUGCGAGUGACGGGGCCGUGGAGGAGCCGGAGCUCGUUUCAACAGUGACACUGAGAGUGAUACUCGGAGACAUCAAUGACAAUCCGCCCCAGUUUUCACAUCCACUGUACCGCGCCCGAGUCCCGGAGGACCUGCCCGUCGGGUCGGUGGUGGCCUGGCUGGAGUCACAUGAUCCAGAUGCGGGCCCGUCAGGACAGGUGCGCUACAGCCUGAUGGACGAUGGGGACGGGGUCUUCCAGGUGGACAAGGUGAGCGGGGCCGUGCGGAUCUCAAAGAGCUUGGAUUUCGAGAGGAGACAGGUGUACAACAUGACUGCCCGAGCCAAGGACAAAGGAAAGCCGGUGUCCCUGACGUCGACAUGCUAUGUCAUGAUUGAAGUGGUGGACGUCAAUGAGAAUCUACACCGGCCCGCCUUUCCUUUCUUUAGCAACUCGGGGUAUGUGAGCGAAGAUGCCCCAGUUGGAACAACAGUCAUAAAGGUUAUGGCAGCAGACAAAGAUGGUGGCAGAGAUGGAGAGGUCAGGUACUCCAUUCAGGAUGGAUCGGGCCUUGGAGUGUUCGCCAUUAAUGAAGAAACAGGCGUCAUCUACACACAGGAAAGGCUUGAUCGCGAGACCACAGGCCAGUACUGGCUAACCGUUUAUGCUACCGACCAAGGUGUUGUGCCCCAAUCGUCCUCCGUCGAAGUGUACAUCGAGGUCCGAGAUGUCAACGACAACGCUCCACAGACCCCGGAGCCCAUCUUCUAUCCGUCUGUGCAUGAGAACUCCCCAAAGGACACCUCGGUCAUCCAGAUCGAUGCAUCCGACCCGGACACUGGGGAAAAGAACAACAAGCUCUCCUACAAGAUAACCAGUGGGAAUCCCCAAGGAUUUUUUGCAAUUGACCCUAAAACAGGAUUGGUGACAACAACAUCCCGGAAAUUAGACAGAGAAAAACAGGAGGAGCACACUCUUGAGAUCACCGUCACUGACAGCGGCACUCCAGCCAAAUCUGUAGCCACCAGGGUGAUUGUGAACGUGCUGGAUGUGAAUGACAACACUCCUCAGUUCCUAGAGAAGGUCUACAAUAUCAAGCUACCAGCGCGAAGCAGGACACUCGAGAGGGAGCCGGUAUAUAGGGUGAUCGCCUCAGACCAUGAUGGAGGCCCCUACUCGGAGGUUUCAUACAGUAUCGAGGACGGCAACAAACACGGGAAGUUCUUCAUCGACGCCAGAACCGGGCUGGUAUCCUCCAAAGACACUUUCUCUGCUGGAGAAUACAAUAUCCUCAUGAUAAAGGCCGUGGACAGCGGCAGGCCGCAGAGGUCGUCUACCUGCCGGCUGCACAUCGAGUGGAUCCACAAGCCCAGAGUGCCAGCUCAGGCCCUGGAGCUGGAGGAGAUGCCAACGGCCUUUACAGUCAUGGAGUCCGACAGAGUGGGUCACAUGGUGGGGGUCAUCCGCACGGCGCCUACAGACUGUCCCGUCUGGUUUGUAAUUAAAGGAGACGUAGAUGCUAAAGAUGUUUUUCACAUCAUUCAGAUGGCCUCUGACCUGAAUGGCACAGCAGAAGGUGGGAAUGAUGACAGCAAGUUUGACAUCAACAAGGGCAGUGGAACCCUCAUUGUCGCAGGAGCUCUUGAUGCGGAACAGAAGUCAAGUUACAACUUGACCAUAGAAGCCACAGAUGGAUCCAGGCGCAUAACCACACAGGUUGUCAUUGAAGUGACUGAUACAAAUGAACACCGGCCUGAGUUUUCUCAAUCUCUGUAUGAGAUAAGCAUCCCGGAAGAGACGCAGGCCGGGACUAAAAUCCUAGAGAUCGUUGCCACCGAUAAAGACCUGAAGAACAAAUUAUCUUACACGCUACUGAGCAGCACAGACCCUCUGAGCCUGCAGAAGUUUCGCCUUGAUCCAGGAAAUGGCUUCUUAUACACCACUGAAACACUGACCCAUGAAGUCAUGAACAGACACUCACUCACCGUGAUGGUACGAGACCAAGACAUCCCUGUGAAGCGUAACCUGGUGCGGGUGAUAGUCAGCGUGGAGGACAACAAUGACAACACCCUCUCUUUCACGAGCCCUCGUUACUCCGCCCGUGUGUUAGAGACGGCAGCCUUAGGCAGUGCUGUGGCACAGGUGUCUGCUUUAGACAGAGACAAAAGGAAGAGUUCCGAGCUCCUCUACAGCAUAGACUCAGGAAAUGAAGCGAACACAUUUUCAAUUGAUAUUUUUUCUGGAAUGAUUACUGUUGCUAAGGAGCUUGACUGCAGCAAUAAGAGCCAGUUUGUGCUAAUCAUCAAAGCCUCUGACAAGGGCGAGCUUCCUCUGAGUGCUGAAACAACGGUCCACAUUUCUGUCACAAUCUCAGAUAACGCCAAACCAAAAUUCACCCAUGAUGAAAUCUCAGCAGAAAUCAGCGAAGCUGCACCAGUUGGGAGUUUGGUGACUUUGGUCGAAGCCUCCAGUCAAUCGUCAGUCUCCUACCAAAUCAAAGAGGGAAACACUGACUUUGCCUUUGUUGUAAAUCCAAACUCAGGAGCCAUUGUCACACUGAGGCCUUUAGACUAUGAGACCACAUCUUCAUACCGAUUGAUUGUGCAAGGUACAAACAUGGCUGGUUCGGGGAGCAGCAUGACUGUGUUUGUUCACGUGAAGGAUGAAAAUGACAAUGCCCCGGUCUUCACGAAAGCCGAAUUCUUUGGAACGAUCAGUGAGUCCGCUGCAAUUAGAAGCUUAGUCUUAACUGAUGAAAACUCCCCCCUGGUUAUUCACGCCAGUGACGCAGACACGGACAUGAACGCCAGGCUUGUGUAUGAGAUAGUGGAGCCAGACGCACGGAACUACUUUGCCCUUGACUCCAGCACAGGUGCGAUUCAGACAAUAUCAGGCCUUGACUACGAGCAGAGGACUGCUUUCCAAUUCAUAGUGCAGGCCCACGAUACUGGCACGCCUCGAUUAUUUGCCAGCAACGCUGCCAGAGUGACGAUCCAAGUCAUUGAUGUCAAUGACUGCGUGCCAAAAUUCAGCCAGGACUUGUAUGAGGCGACUCUUCUUCUGCCAUCCUACAAAGGGGUGCGAGUGAUCUCUGUGGAUGCAACAGACCGAGACACUCAGGCCAAACUGCUGUUCUCCAUUACUGAUGGCAACGUCGGAGAGAAAUUCAGAAUCGAUGCUGUUACAGGUGCCAUUUUUGUCCAGAAUUGUACUCAGCUGCGCAACAGGUACAAGCUAACUGUGAGGGUGUCGGAUGGCCGAUGGCAGAACAGUUCAGUUGUGAAAGUUGUGGUGAAGGAGAACAAAGAUCAGAACUUACAGUUCACCCACAAAAUAUAUACAGCUGUUGUACGAGAGAACUCCUCAGAGAGGAAAACCCUUGCCAUAGUCUCCAUGGUGGGGAGAAAGCUGAACGAGCCUCUCUUGUACACCAUUCUCAACCAAGAUGACCGCUUUGAAAUAGGUCAAACCUCAGGGGUACUUUUUACAACUGGGAUACAGUUUGACCGAGAGGAACAGGACAUGUAUGAGGUUGUAGUUGGCGUAACAAGAGAGCCAAAGUCAUCCAAGGUCAUUGCCCAUGUUCUUGUCAGAGUCUCAAUUGAGGACAUUAAUGACCGUCCACCAGUGUUUGUGAAUUUGCCCUAUCACGCCCUAGUCCAGAUAAAUGCAGAAGUGGGCCAAAUUAUUCGACAGAUGUCUGCUGUCGACCAAGACACUGGCAAAAAUGCAGAGGUCAAAUACCUCCUGAAUGAGCACAAGUAUUUUCAGAUGUCCCCCUCUGGAGACAUCACCCUUAAGAGGCCUUUUGAUCCAGACACCCUAAACACAAAGUUUGUACUGAGUGUGGUAGCACUCGAUGGAGGUGAACCAGCUCUGUCCUCCACAGUUGAGGUGGCAGUGACCGUCCUGAAGAAAGCUGCGCCCAUUUUUGAAAAGCCCUUCUACAACAUUGAAAUAGCAGAGAACACACCGCCACACACCUCAGUAAUGCAAGUGCAGGUGAACGGGGUGAAUGGCCCCAGAGCCGUGUACAGUAUCUUUGAGGGGGAUCCCCUCGGCCAUUUCUCCAUCAACUUCAACUCGGGUGUCAUUAACGUCAUUCAGACUCUGGAUUACGAGGUCCAUCCUGCCUAUAAACUGAAAGUCCGAGCCACAGAUGUCGUCACCGGCUCCCACUCAGAGGUCUUCAUCGACAUCAUAUUGCUGGAUGUCAAUGACAACGCUCCAGUGUUUGAAACAGAUACCUACAAAGUCACAAUCUCUGAGUCUAUUGCGAUUGGUGCGUUGGUCUUCCAGGUGAAGGCCAUCGACGCCGACUUUGGGAGUAACAAAAGGGUUUUCUAUGAGCUUCUGGAACCAGAAAGCUCUGCCUUGGCUUUGUUCAAGAUUGAUCGGGAUACUGGGGUCAUCUCCACAACCAGCCUUUUAGACCACGAAACAAAUCCACAACACACACUCAGAGUAAGAGCUGUGGAUGGAGGUACCCCUGCCUUGUCCAGAGAGGGCUCAGUGAUUAUCGACGUGUCUGAUGUAAACGACAACCCGCCAGCAUUCACACAGGAGUCUUAUGAGGCGGCUGUUAGUGAACUGGCCGGUCGUGGUCACUUUGUUCUGAAUGUCAAGGCAACCGAUGCUGAUGCCUCAGAUGCUGGCAAGCUGGAGUACUUUUUCCUCUCUGGAAACGAGCGUGGACACUUUGCUUUGAAUAAAAGGACCGGGGAAAUAGCGGUAUCAAAUAACCACAGAAGUAGCGUAGAGCCCUCCUACAGUAUGGAUGUUUUGGCGACUGAUAGUGUAUUCAAAAGCUCAGCUGAGGUGAAAAUCAAAGUGAUCCGUGAAAACUUGCACAGCCCUUCUUUUAAUCAGAGCGAGUAUGCCAUAGAGAUCCCUGAGAAUUCACCCAUUGGCACACUGGUCACAGAAGUCAAAGUCACAGACAAAGACGGGACGAAUGGUCAAGUGAAAUACUUCAUAGUCAACGAGGUCGCAAGAGAUAAGUUUACCAUUGAUGCUGACGGGCAGAUUUACACUCUGGAGAGCUUUGAUAGGGAAAACAGCCUUGAGAAAGUAAUAGCUAUAAAUGUUAUGGCAAAAGAUGGCGGUGGAAAAGUUGGAUUUUGCUCUGUCAGUGUGAUCAUCAAAGACAUAAAUGACAACGCCCCUCAGUUUGUUGUGUCUGAGUAUAAUGUGUCAGUUCCUUGGGACAUCUCUACAGGAUUGUCCAUCGUCAAAAUAACAGCUGUGGACCUGGAUGAGGGAGUCAACGCUGACGUUCUGUAUGAAAUUGACUCUGAGGUACGUCACUUUGAAAUACAUCCUCAGAGUGGUGUGAUCACUGCAAAGCAAAGCCUUUUUGGAUUUGAGAAUAACCUCUACACACUCUACGUGAAGGCCAGGGAUUCUGGAAGUCCACAGAAGCACUCUUUUAUUCCCGUGAAUAUUUUGGUAGUGCCGUCACAUUUGUCAGUUCUUGAGUUUGUGAAGCCAACCUUGCAGCUGAAGAUUGAAGAGGACCUUCCUGUUGGAACGGAGCUGGAUGUGGUCCAAGUGGAGAGUGGUGAGGAGUCUGUGACGUACAACCUCGUCAGAGGCAAUACCCCCGAGAGCAACAGAGAUGAUGUGUUUGUUAUCGACAGUAUCACUGGUGUUCUGAAACUAGCAAAACGUCUCGAUUACGAAAGUACCCCUCGGUAUGGCCUCACAGUGCAGGCUAGAAAACACCAGGAGGGGAUGGAAAUCUUGUCUCUGAUGGAGGUGAAGAUUGAGCUGAAGGAUGUUAAUGAUAACAGCCCCCAGUUCGAUUCCGACCCAUACGAAUCUUACAUUGUGGAAAACUCUCCAAGACAAACAUCAGUGAUCCAACUUAGGGCUUUCGAUCUGGACACGGGGAUGAAUGGCCAAGUAACGUACAGCCUGGAUAAGAACCAGGAAUGCCCUGAGGUGCUGGAGCUGUUUACUGUGGAGCGUACGACCGGCUGGCUCACCACGCUGAAAGAGAUCGACCGAGAGCAGAGAGAGAGGUACACCAUAUCUGUGAUAGCCUCAGACCAAGGGAAGCAGCAGCGGAUGACGGCCACAGCCACAGUCGAGGUGACUGUGGUGGACGUCAACGACAGUCCGCCACGCUUUGCGGAGGAGGUCUUCAAAGCCACGGCCAAGGAAGACGACCCUGUGUUUACAGUGGUUGCGGCCUUAAGCAUCACGGAUGCAGACAGUGAAGAAAUCAACACAGAGAUCAGCUGCUACAUCACAGGGGGGGACCCUCUAGGGCAUUUUGGUAUUGAACAGAGUCGGGGGGAGUGGAGUCUGACCGUGAGGACACAUCUGGACAGAGAGAAGAGGGAUGGCUACCUCUUAAACAUAACAGCCACAGAUGGCACACAUUUGGCCCGGGCAGCUGUGGACAUAAAGGUCCUGGACGCCAACGACAACAGUCCUGUGUGCGGGAAGAGUCUGUAUACUGGAACGGUUCCUGAGGACGCUCCAGCUGGGCUACUGAUCCUGCAGGUGUCAGCCAGCGAUGUGGACAUCCACGCCAACGCCCAGAUAUCCUACCAGCUCUCCGGAGACGGGGCUGAGCGCUUCAGCCUGCAUCCGACCACAGGUGAGCUGAGAACUCUCUUGCCCUUGGACCGUGAGGAGAGGGAGUUGUUCGAGCUCACAGCACGAGCGCAGGAUGGAGGGGGCCUCUCCUGCCAGGUCGCCGUGGCGAUAGCUGUGGCCGACGUCAAUGACAACCCCCCACGGUUCACAGCGGACGCCCAUCACUUCAGAGUGGCAGAGAACACAGAGCCUGGCACCUAUGUGGCCCUAAUGCAGGCCAUAGACCUGGACACUGGGAUGAAUGGCAAAGUUCUGUAUUCGUUUGAGGACUCUUGCGGAGGCCAGUUCUCCAUCCAGGAACGUUCGGGAAUUAUAAGUCUGGAGAAGCCCCUGGACCCCGGCGUCCAGGCCAUGUACACGCUCAAAGUCCGAGCCACUGACCAGGGCUCUCCUCAUCAGCUGUCAUCGCUCGGCUCCGCCACCGUCACCGUGCGCACCGCCACCGACUACCCGCCCGCAUUCCAGCUCAGGGAGUACGUUGCCACCGUCCCGGAGGACGUCUCCAUGGGAACGCAGAUCCUCCGAGUCUUCGCCGGCAGCAGGGACUCAGAUGCCCGCGGCGAGAUCACCUACUCCAUCACCGGUGGCAACGAGCAGGGAGCGUUCAGCAUCAACUCCCGCACGGGCGACAUCUUCGUGAUCGAGCGGCUGGAUUUCGAGUCGUCCCGUGAACACUUCCUGACUGUGGAGGCCACGGUGGGGGGGAAGGAGCCGCUGAGCGACAUGGCCUCUGUCAGAGUCAACGUGACGGACGUCAACGACAACAGCCCUGUCUUCAGCCAGGGGGUGUUCUCAGCGGUUGUCAGUGAGGACGCCAGGCUGGGGACAUCUGUGGCGGCUAUUAUGGCGAGCGACAUUGAUGGGCCUGCCAAUAACCGCGUUCGCUUCUCCAUCGUCGGCGGCAACCAGGGGAGUCCGUUCCUCAUCGACGCAGUCAGCGGGGAGCUGCGAGUGGCUCGGCCGCUAGACAGAGAGCAGAUAUCGGAGUACACGCUGACCGUGCUGGCCUCCGACAGCGGGAAUCCGCCCAAAUCCAGCAGCACGGCGAUCACCAUCGACGUGUCGGACGUGAACGAUAAUCCCCCCGUCUUCACCCGAGCCAACUACAGCCUUGUCAUCCAGGAAAGCGUCCCCAUAGGCAGCAGCCUCCUGAAGCUUCAAGCCACAGACGCCGAUACCCCGCACAACGGCCCCCCCUUCUCCUUCUCCAUCCUGCGCGGGGACGAGAGGGGCACCUUCUGGAUGGAUCCGCAAGGACUGCUCACCACUCGCACUCGGCUCAGCCACCGAACACAGGAGAACUAUUUGCUGCGUGUGAAGGUUACAGACGGAGGUACACCUGCCCUGUCCUCCUUCACGGUGAUCAGCAUCAGAGUGGUUGAACAGAGCAGACACGCUCCUGUCGUCCUCCCACUGGAGGUCAUCGUCUCCACCCCCCAGAAUGAGUACGCCGGGGGCCUCCUGGGCAGGAUCCACGCCACCGACGGCGACCCUUACGACACGCUCUCCUACAGCCUGCCUCCCGCCGCCCGCCACCUCUUCUCCGUGUCCCCCUCGGACGGACGGCUGCUGGCUCCGCGGGGCCUUGACGCGGGCCUGUACCCGCUCAACGUGUCCGUCAGCGACGGGCGCUUCAUGGCAUCCGCCCCCGUCAACGUGCACGUGCGCAGGGUCACCCGCCGGAUGCUGGAGCAGGCUGUCGCCGUGCGCCUCUCCCCUGCCACACCGGAGGAGUUCCUGGCCGCUCACUGGCGGAGUGUCCAGAAGGCCGUGCGCAGCGCAGCAGGGGCCCGUCGUGGCGACGUCCACCUCAUCAGCCUCCAACCCGCAGAGCCAGACGUAGGUUCCAGCCGGAACCUGGACGUGCUUUUAUCCGUGGAGCGCACAGCUGCAGGUGCCCGCUCUGUCCUACAGGGGGCGCUGUUGCACAAGAUAAACGCCUCCCUGGCCGGCGUGAGGCAGGCGAGCGGCCUGCGAGUGGCCAGCAUCCUCAGUGGCCCCUGCUCUGGCGUGCUGGACUGUCCGGUCACGUUCUGCAGAGAGGUGGCCAUCCUGGACCAGAACUCCAUGUCCACACAUAGCAGCGCGAGGAUGAGCUUGGUGUCGCCACGGCACCACAUGUCCGCCAUCUGUCUGUGCAAAGAUGGAAAGUGUCCAAAACUGAACAACCCAUGUGAAGACAACCCUUGUCCAGAUGGAUAUCAGUGUGUAUCUGCUGAAAAAGAAGACAAAUAUAGCUGUCUGUGUGAAAGUGGUAAACAGGGAAAUUGCUCAGGGGGACCAGCAUUGACACUGCUUGAGAACAGUUUUAUUAAGUAUCGCCUACCAGAGGAUAUGAGCAAAAGGGAACUGAAGCUCUCUCUUAGACUGAGAACCUUCUCCAGUCAUGGAACUGUGAUGUUUGCUAAAGGGCAUGAUUACAGCGUUCUUGAGAUUGUGGACGGCAGACUGCAGUACCAGUUUGACUGUGGCCUGGGCCAAGCAGCCGUAUCCGUUCACAGUAUCCAGGUGAACGACGGCCAGUGGCACACGCUUUGGCUGGCAGUGGAGGGCAACCGUGCCAAGCUGGUCCUGGACCGCGUUCACAGCGCAUCCGGCAUCGCUGCCGGCAACAGCUGCUCCCUCCACCUCGGCAACGCCGUCUUCCUCGGCGGCCAUGCCCACCCUCUCAGGCCCAGGCCUAGGCGGAGUUUGCCUGUUUCGGGCGCAGGCGGCGGUGCCGGCGGCCUGCGGGGCUGCAUAGACUCCGUUGUGGUGAAUGGUCGCCCGCUGUCCCUCGGCAGACAGCCCCCCUCCGGCGCCGUCACGGUGGAGGACAUGGUGGGCAUUCUGCCCGGCUGUGCCAUGUUCUCGGUGGAAGACUGCUCCAACAAUCCAUGCCUGAACGGAGGGAGCUGCACACGGACGCCUAAUGGAGGCUAUUACUGCCAAUGUGGCACCAUGUUUAUGGGGACGCACUGUGAGGCCAGACGCAGUCCCUGUGCUUCCAACCCCUGUCUCUAUGGAGGAACCUGCAUCGACAACAACAGUCACUUCUACUGCCAGUGCUGGGGACAGUACUCGGGGCAAAGGUGUCAGAUCGGACCCUACUGUGCCAGCAGCCCCUGCCACAAUGGCGGACACUGCAUUGAAAGUCUUGAUGGGGCGGUGUGUGACUGUAGCCCAGGCUUCAGGGGUGAAAGCUGCCUCAGGGACGUGGACGAGUGUGAGAAGGCUCCCUGUCUGAACGGCGGGCGCUGUGUGAACACCCACGGCUCCUUCCACUGCAUCUGUGCCCAGGGCUUUGCGGGCGCGUUCUGCGAAGCUCGCAGGGAAACCAGGCACAAGUUCACCUCCUCCUCCUGGAACGUGGGACUGGAGGAGAUUCUGGGGAUGGUGUUGAUUCUCGUCUCCUUCUUCCUCUUCGUGUUGGUGUUCGUCGGCUGCUGGAAGUCAGGCUGCAGGUCUCGGAGGAGGAAGGGGAAGGAGGAGGAAGAGGAGGAGGAGGAGGGCAGGCGGGAAGGAGGAGGAGGGGAGGCCAAAGCGUUCCUGCAGAGGUCUUACCCCGACACCAAGCCCACCAGGGUCACGUUCGCCGCUGCCCCUCCACAAGUGCCCAUCAGGCCUGUGACCUAUAUGGCCAGCAUGCCCAGAGGCUCACAUGGCACCCAAGUCAGCAACUCUUACGAGGGCUCAGUUGCUCCAGAGUACUACGAGUCAAGCACGUUAAACCAAGAUCACCCGCCACGCGGGCAGCGUAAAGCUGUGGCGGUGUGUAGCGUUGCCCCCCAUCUGCCCUCCGGCCUCUCCCCUGUCUCCCCCACAGACAGCGAGUCUUACCACAAGUCUACCUGGGACUACGGGGAUGAUGCUGAACCAUUUAUGAAGACCAUGUCCCGUUCUCGUGGAAACAGAGGCAGCGCAUCAGAGCUCUGGUCGCCGAGCUCCCCGCGCUCAGAGUCAAGCGAUGACAAUGGCUAUCACUGGGACAUCUCUGAUUGGAUACCUAGCGUGCAGAUGUGUCAUAUCCAGGGGCUCCUGCACAGUGACUUUGUACAAACCCCUCCUCUUUCCGGGUACAUCAGGCCCACCGGCAUCGACACAGAUUACCUCACCUCAGGCUUAGACAUUGAAAGCAAAUGUACAUCUGCCCCACAAUACCCCGCAGAUGUUCAGCUGUCCCCCGUCCCAAGACUUCCUGAGAGUUGCAGUCUGACCCAGCCCAACAGAGACAUUCACACAUCUGCGGAAAGAGAGUCUCCUAGUGGUUCAGAGACAGCACACUCCCUCAUCCAGAGGACGAGACUUGACCCUCCUUUGACGCUGGCAGUGCCUCAGGGCUCGGAUGAUGAUGGAGAUGACACAACCUUUUCCAUUUCUUCACCCAUACUCUCGUGCUCUGAUGUGUCAGCCUAUAGUGAGGACUGUGACUCCAUGUCGAGUGACUCUGAGAGCUCGGAGAAUGGUCUUGCCAGUCACCUAACUACAUUCACACAAAGAAACACUGAGGUGUAAAGACUUUUUUUUUUUCAUCAUUAUUUGUCCACUUUGAACCGUCAGUAACAGUUUGGCGUCUUUACUAUCAAUUGUGUGUAGGAUUAAGAACUUCACUGAAGAAUCAGAAUGGGACAAGGUACAUUUUUGACUCUGCAAGAUCAAUAAAGUUGGUUUUCAAUGCUCUUGUUUGACAUUUUCAAAUUUCCAGCCACUGUAACCCCUUCCCAAUGGGGGAAUCUGAUUGUAAGAUGAAGACUGUGAUUACUUGACUGGCACGUCCCCAACAGAUCACAGUUAGUCCACUAAAAUUGUGAUUUAUUCCAGUUUAUCAAGAAAUCAUAAGUAGUUUGUAAACAAGAAUCAGCUGGAAUGCAUAAUUUGUCGUAAUUUAAAAUAUAAACAGGUUUUGUAUAAAGAUAUUGAUCUUAUCUGUCGUCCCUUGUGCUCUGUGAAAUGGUGUGAUCAUUGUAUAUGCAUUUAUUUUGUAACGACAUUCCAAAUACACUUAUAACAGUUCAAACAGUUCAAAUGCUUCAUACCAUGUGGACAAUUCUGUAUAUGACUGUGAUUCUCGUACCUCCAACUCAUUUUUAUACAGGAAUCACAUGUUUAGUGGAAGUCUUGAGUCAUUAUUUCUUUUUGAUAAUAAAUUAUUUCUAUGAAUUGA